AGCUUCUCAGUUCGCGCACAGCCGCCGCAGCGUGAGGAUGUACGGUAGUGUAUGUUCUCUACGGCAGUGAGAGCCAAACGGAAAAGAGAUUUGGAGCCGGUGUCGAAUCUUUAAUUAAUUUCUGGCAGCGGUCGUGUCUUGAAAGACAUCUCCAGGCUCGUCUCUCCUCUUAACAAAUGAACGCACACCAUGACAUCCCGUGAAUACAUCGUCGUAACUUUAACGAUAGUACUUGGGAUCCUCGCAAUUAAUACGAACGCCAGAUCGUGGGAUUUAGCAGUAGUAAUCGGUCGCGAUGUCGAAUUUUUCGCGCGAAACAGAACACUGACUGGCCAAGCCAAAAUUUCGGACGCUGUGGCACUGACGGGAAUAGCCUACGAUGACAUUACUCGCACUAUGUACUUCAGCGACACACGUGGCAAUGUAUCUGUGUUCAGUAAUGACUUGACGAACAAGAAUUUUACGUCAAAGCCAUUAAUUAAAAGACAGAACAGAAGCCACAUCCUAGGAAUCGCUUUCGAUACAAAGACGCGAAGCCUGGUCUGGGUGGACUAUAUGACAGAAGUAAUAAUGAAAAUGCACGUGCCAUUGGACAGUCCGCCGGAGGAGCCCGUUAUUUUACACAAUUUAACAGACAGGAGUCCGCGCGGCAUUGCUCUGGACCUAUGUAACAGUCACAUAUACUGGGUAAAUAGUAACAUAACGAAUCCAAGCAUAGAGCGCUCGAAUCUAGACGGAAGCGGGAGAGUUACCAUUAUUAAAGAAAAUUUGUACGAGCCGCUAGCGGUAGCUGUAGAUCACGCUGAAGAGAAACUCUAUUGGAUCGACGACUUAGAAGGUAUAAGGAUCAAAAUCGAGCGCAGCAAUCUCGAUGGCAGCGAACGCGAGCUGUUGGCUCCCGCUACGCACCAGUUACCAGUCGCCCUGGCCGUGGACAAUGACAUGAUAUACUGGACAGAUUCAGUGUAUAGGUCCAUAUGGAUGAUGCCGAAAAACCUGAGCGUUGGCAGCAUAGCUGUAGAAUUCAAAUCGUAUUACACGUCCAAGCACGACGCUGACCCCGCUGGAAUUAUAGCUCGUGAUAACAUUGGAAGCAUAGAUUGCGCGGCGUACGCGAAAAUUAGACGAAAAACGAAUUACGCGAACUCGACGACCGCACGAAUGACAGCUGGGUCAUUUAACAAUUUAACCACCAGCACGGAAGAAUCGGAAUUGACCACCGAGAGCUCCACACACUGCCUAAAUAACGGACACGUAGACUUGAACGGCUACACCUGCCUCUGCAAGCCUGGGUUCGGCGGCACGCAUUGUGAGAUCGAUGUUUGUCACAAUUACUGCCUCCGAGGUAGCUGCAUUAUAGAUAACCAAGGAUCUCCCACAUGUGACUGUGACGAUACUUUUGCCGGGUCACGAUGCGAAACAGACUUAUGCAAAGAUUAUUGCUUGCACGAUGGUCAAUGCUCUAUCCUAAACGGUAAACCAAUUUGUAAAUGUAAAUACUUCGAAGGGUCACGUUGCGAAACCUUGACCAAUGUAACUAAAGUCUGUGAGAUCUUUUGUGCGAAUACUGAGCUAGUCCCUACUAUAGACGUCGAUGCGAUAAACUGCAGGUGCGGAGAACUGAACAAAACGAAUGCACAAAUGAUCUUAAUGGAGGAAGACGACGAGUACAAAAUAUUGCUGCCAAUUUUUUGUGUACUUAUCGCUGUACUUUCUCUCGUAAUCAUCGUACUUAGUUACUAUAUAAAUAAAUUACGAAGACGGCCACGAAUUAGGAAGCGUUUCGUUGUCAGCAAAGGUGGCGUAACGCCAUUGACCUCUAGGCCACAAGUGCCGGACAAUCAGUGCGAAAUAACCAUAGAGAACUGCUGCAACAUGAAUAUCUGUGAAACUCCAUGUUUCGAACCAAAUUUACGUACUCCGAUGCCGGAAAAUAAGAAUAAUAAGAAAGAAGAGAAGAAUUCUUUGCUCGAUAACAUGGAGGAGAAUUCGUGGUAGCACAAACUAAUAUAUCGACGUGAGAACUAGCGAAGGUCUUGUGGGCUUUAAAUGAAAGUUCGUGAAAAGUUUCGCUUCGCAGAACUUUACGCGUCUGUACAUAACACGGCAUAUUGUAGUAUUAUUGUUAAAUUUAGUAGUCAUACUUCCAAAAAAAAAAUAA